GUUGCCUCAAUUUUACGCACACACUUCCUUCUUUGUGGUUUGCAAGCGUGUGACAUUUCGAGCACCAAAUCGAUUUGUGUUUGUACCAUUUUUCAAAUCUUUUACGACGAAAAGCCCAUCUAAAAUGGCAGACAGUGCACCGAAGCUUGCUAGAGACAGCACGAUGCAGGUCACAGCUAAGGAGGGAGCGGAGUUUCUGAAAUCACAAGGGGCUCAUGACCUCUUGCCAGAAGACUCUGAUAAGCCUGGGGUGCAGAGAGACUCCACUAUGCAAGCCACAGUCAAGGAUAGUGAAGCAAUCCUGAAGGAUGCUAACAUUGACCAGGAUGGUAGGACAAGAGGUGACCAGCAACGUCUCCAAGAGAUUUCACAAGAAAGUGAUGUUGCUGAACCACCACGGGUGCCACGAGAUCAUACUAUGAAGGAAACAGCAAAGGAAGCACAGGAGCUACUUGGUGAUGCACCCAUUGGUGAGACUCGCUCACAGACACGAGAUAUCUCAAAGGCAGCAGAAGAAGAGGAGGAGGAAGAGGAAGAGGAGGAUGAAGAAGAUGAAGAUGACGGUGUCGAAGAUGGCGAUGAAGGGGAAGAAGAUGUCGCCAGUUUGAAAAGAACUCAUACCAUGGCAGAAACACUGCAGGAGGGACAAGAGUUUUUGAAAAGACAAAAGACCAAUGGAGAUGUUGCCGAAAAAGAUGGUGCAGAGGAGGCCUAAGAUAUGACAUCCUGAGAGGAUUGUAGCAGCCUUCAUUCUUUACAAGACUCGACGCAAGGAUGGAUGUGUAGAAAAAUAAACACAUUUUAUUUGGAAUAUUCCUGUUCAUGGUUUGUAGAUGUGACCUAUAGAUCGGUUAUCUUAAGCUUGUAGAUUUCUUUAGUAUAUGUUCGCUUUGUUUAUCUGCAUUUCUGUAAUUGUAAAAUAUGUUUAGAUAAAUCAAGUGCAUCAUGUUUUGGCAAUUCGUAAUUUCUAUGAAGUGCAUCAAACUUGUUAGCAGUACCAACCUGGCUUGCCAUCGAGUACCUAUGUGCAUUGCUUGUUGAACUGUUCUCCCACACUUGAUAACUCAUAUUCAGUUUCAUUUCAGCAAAUGUAAGACAUUUUCAUCUAUAUUGAAAUUAUAAGUUGAUCUGAUGAACAACCACUGACUUUUAUCCAAUAUGUUUAUUUUUAGUUACCCCCAUUUUUUUUUUAUCAAUAUCAAUAUUUGUAUAAUUUGUAUGAAAUAAUUUUCAUAAAAGGUCAACAUGACAAUUCUUUAAAUUAUGGGGUUUUGCUUGUAAAUAUUAUCCUAAAUAUUAAGUUAAAAAAAUCACCCAAUACAUUGUGAACAUGUAAUUGAUCAAGACUCUCCAAAUGAGAGAAAUAUCAUUCGAAUGCCUAAUGAAGCUCAUGGAGUCAGCGAACUCGACACUGUAAUUGUGUAAUUUGAAGUGAUUUGUGCUGGUCGCAACUCCGAAGAUCAAAAACUGUAAUAAUUAGGCCGACUUGAUGCGAAGGGAAUCAGUAAAAACUUCAACUGAAAUAGUUUAAUCUAGUUGGAACCCUCCUGUCAAAUGUACUUUAUAUGAUCCUAAUAAUUAUACAGCAUUGUAUACAUGGGGAAAAGCCAGUGGUUCAGGAUAUCAUAACACGAAAUGGGUAGAUGAGUUAGCUUGGUUGGAUUUGGUAUUGUCGCUUCAAGCCCGGCCAUCCAUGCCUAAGUUUAGUCCAUGUAUAGGAGUUCAAUUUAUUUUAAUUCUAUCAGCGUACAUUACAGCUCGAAUUAUGAAUCGUAAAAUAAUUAGAAUCGUAAAAAAAAAUAGGUGCUGCCGCGUUUGUUCACGUGCUACUUGUUUGUCAUGUAUUUUGAAUGAUAGAUUCGUUUGUAAUGUUCAUUGCUAUGACGAGUAAUAUAUUUUCUGUAUAAAAACUCAUUCGUGUGUUUAAAGAACCGUUUAUUCCAGACAAUCACAAAACAAUUAUAUUAUGAACUAGACAUCGGGUAAUAUACAUAAAAGUAAAAACCUUUUUCAUGUUUUAAAUCUUUUAAAAACUCAGUGCUGAUUUUAGCGGCAAACAAUGUUUGAAAUCGAUUUGUAACUGAAUUUUAUUUGAAAAUGAGAAACGAAAUAAAUUGUUCAUGCCUUUCUUACCCUAAAUGGAA